AUGGAUGGCGGGCGUUCAGACGGCGGCUGUCGGGGAGACGGCAAAUUCCAAUGUGACUGGGACGUUCUCGAAAGCUCGGGUCGGCAGGCCCGAGCAGACGGGGCGGGCGCUAACCACCCACCCUUGUGUUGUCGCAUCGUCGUAAACGUCUACACGUCAGACGGGGUGGACGAGCAGAUAGGUGAGACCUCGUUCGGCCUUUUCUCCACGCUGAAAACGGAUGUUGACAAGGAGCGUGGGGUCUGGACCUCUAUGAUGGGAGAGUACGUCAUGCGCGUGUUGAUGCUGCAGCAGCAUCUGCUAGGGUGGGAGCCGCACAAACAGGAUGCCCGACCCAGGUCACGUACUCUUCUUGAGUAA